AGCCUCCCUUUGGCAACGAGAGAAAGUUUGCUGGGGCGGUUGGUCGCGUGGUCGCAUGGCUUCCUGUCAACCCAACAAAACUUUCACCACCACCACCACCAACAACAACAAUAAUCAAGAAGAACAAGGAUAUUAAUCGUCGCCAACCGGCUUUGCAGUCUUCGCCGUGGGAGCUUGGCUCGGAGCGAGCCGAACAAUUUGGCAGCGUCUCCUCCGAAAGGUGGCUUAUAGCGGCACGCGUUCUCGCUUUGGGGCGAAAGCAUCGCCCGAAUUGUUGGCCAGAUCUUGGCCCGCUGGAAUUUUUACCGUCAUCGUCAGGGUAGAGGAGGGGGAGCGAGCGAGCGAGGGAGAGAGAGCGGAGCGUAGAGCUGGAAAGGAAUGCCGAGAAACGGCAAACCCGGCGAAAACCCAAGAGGCGAUAACGAGACUGUGAAUCCGAAGACGAUCCGGUGAUAAAACAAAAAGUAAAAACCGGGGAGAGGCGAUUUGGCGACGGGAUGGCCGCGGUGAAGCGGGUGUUUUUCUCCAAGGGGUUCGGCGGAUCGCUGGACGGACCGGGGCAACCGGAGCCCGCGGCCAGCGUGGAGCUCAAAGGAGUCGUACGCCGCAGAGAGAGCUGCCCAUCAAACCUGAACACGGCAGCGGCGGCGGCGGUGGCGGUGGCAACGGAUGAGGGCACCGGCGUCGGCAAGGAUGAUGUCCGUAUCGCCGGCAUUGCCGCCAAAAGCAGGAGGGCACGAUCGUUCUUGUUUGCCUCCGGCAGUUCUUCGAGCGCUGCUUCCACCGGAGCGGCGACUCCCAGACGGAGUCUUCGACGCCCCCCGCGGAGUCCCGGACGUGACGACGGCACAGCGGCAGCGGCGAGCGCAACAGCCGCAGCCGCUGGGGCUACAGAACCAGCAGCAGCGGCGGCGACGAGGAGAACAACGAGGUGGUGGACGAUGAACGCGAUGAUGGCGGCGAUGGCGGUGCCCGUGGGCGUUGACCCCAGCGUCAAGCCCGGGGAGUUUGUGCUCAAGAGUCUCUUUGCCGAGUUCACGCAGCAUGCCGAGCGCAAGAUCAGUAUCAUCAUGGCCGAACCCAUGGAGAGGCUGCUGUCGAAGUCGCUGCAGAGAGGAGAAGACCUACAGUUCGAUCAGCUGCUGAGCGCCAUGAGCGCCGUCGCCGAGUACUGCCUGCCCUCCCUGCUGCGCACGCUCAUCGACUGGUUCAAGCGGCAGAACGGCGUGGACGACGAGUCUCACGAGUACCGCCCACGCUCCAGCACCAAGUCCAAAGGGGACGAGCAGCACCGUGACAGAGACUUCCUGUUCGAGCGGAGAGACCUGGCCAUCGACUUCAUCUUCUGCCUCGCCCUCAUCGAGGUCCUCAAGCAGAUUCCAGUGCAUCCCGUGCCGGACUCAAUGGUGCAUGAAGUUGUCAACUUGGCUUUCAAGCACUUCAAGUACCGGGAAGGGUAUUCGGGUCCCAACAUCGGCAACAUGCACAUCAUCGCUGACCUGUAUGCAGAGGUCAUCGGAGUGCUGGCACAGUCCAAGUUCCACACGGUACGCAAGAAGUUCGUGACGGAGCUGAAAGAGCUGCGCCAAAAGGAGCCUACCCCACAGGUGUCGCAGUGCAUCAUCAGCCUCAUCAUGGGCAUCAAGUUCUUCCGCGUCAAGAUGUACCCCGUGGAGGAAUUCGAGGCCUCAUUCCAGUUUCUGCAGGAGUGCGCUCAGUACUUCCUGGAGGUCAAAGACAAGGACAUCAAGCACGCCUUGGCCGGCAUCUUCGUGGAGAUCCUGGUGCCGGUGGCCGCUGCCGUGAAAAACGAGGUGAACGUGCCGUGCCUGAAGAACUUUGUCGACGUGCUGUACCAGACGACGUUCGACAUGUCCUCGCGCAAGAAGCACUCGCUGGCUCUCUUUCCGCUGGUCACGUGCCUGCUGUGCGUCAGUCAGAAGGCCUUCUUUCUCAACAACUGGCACAUCUUCCUGGCGAGCUGUCUGUCGCACCUCAAGAAUAAGGACCCCAAGAUGUCCCGCGUGGCGCUGGAGUCUCUGUACCGGCUGCUCUGGGUCUACAUGAUCCGCAUCAAGUGCGAGAGCAACACUGCCACGCAGAGCCGCCUGAGCAGCAUCGUCAGCGCCCUCUUCCCGAAGGGGUCACGGAGCGUCGUGCCGAGAGACACGCCACUCAACAUCUUCGUGAAGAUCAUCCAGUUCAUUGCCCAGGAACGCCUGGACUUUGCCAUGAAGGAGAUCAUUUUCGACCUCCUCAGUGUGGGGCGGUCACCCAAGACCUUCAGCAUCAACCCAGAGCGGAUGAACAUCGGGCUGCGGGCCUUCCUGGUCAUAGCUGACAACCUGCAGCAGAAGGACGGCGAACCGCCCAUGCCCACGACUGUCGGGGUGCUGCCGUCGGGCAACACGCUGCGCGUCAAGAAGACCUUCCUGAGCAAGACGCUCACCGACGACGAGGCCAAGAUCAUCGGCAUGGCUCUGUACUACCCGCACAUGCGGCGUGCGCUGGACAGCAUGCUGAGGCAGCUCGACAAGGAGGUGGGGCGGGCCAUGGCGCUCACCAACGUGCAGAUGCACAACAAGGAGCCCGAGGACAUGAUCACCGGCGAGCGCAAGCCCAAGAUCGACCUCUUCCGCACGUGCGUCGCCGCCAUACCCCGGCUAAUCCCGGAGGGGAUGAGUCGCACCGAGCUGGUGGACAUGCUGGCCAGGUAA